AUGGAAGAAAAGACUGCACAGACAGAAUCUAUUGAUGAUGUCUACCACGACAACCACGAACACCCUGCACCUACCGAAGAAGACUGGAAGGAACUCCCAGAAGUAUCCGAUAUAAUUCCAAAGUCUGCCUACCUGGUCAUUCUUGUAGAAUUCUGUGAACGUUUCACCUACUAUGGCCUCAGUGGUCCUUUCCAAAACUAUAUUCAGUACCCUCAGCCAGAGUCUUACCCUGCCGAUCAGCCUGGUGCAAUGGGCAAGGGUCAACAGACCGCCACUGCCUUGACUACCUUUUUCCAGUUCUGGUGUUAUAUCACUCCAAUUUUUGGUGCAAUUGUAGCUGAUCAAUAUUGGGGAAAAUACAAGACCAUUCUUGUUUUUGCCUGUAUCUAUAUGGCCGGCCUUAUCAUUCUUACUCUCACAUCUAUUCCCCCUGCCCUCGACAACAACAGCUCUUUCCCCGGUUACGUCGUUGCCAUCAUUAUCAUCGGUCUCGGAACUGGUGGUAUCAAGUCCAAUGUCUCUCCCCUUGUCGCUGAACAGUAUAGAAGCAGAUCUCCUUUUGUCAAGACCCUUAAGAAUGGUCGCCGUGUUAUCGUCACCCCUCAGGCUACCUACCAGAAGAUUUUCAACAUGUUCUACUGGGGUAUCAACAUUGGCUCCCUCUCUGCUAUCGCUACCACCGAACUCGAGAAGAACGUCGGAUUCUGGCCUGCAUUUUUGCUUCCCACUCUCAUGUUUAUUCCCUGCAUCAUUGUCGUCCUUCUCGGUCGUAACAAAUAUGUCCAAAACCCUCCCCGUGGUUCAGUCUUUAUCGAAGCAGGAAAGCUUUUCAUCCUCAACUGGAAGGUCAAGGGUGGUCUUGCAGCCUGCAAACCCUCUGCUCUUGCUCUCACCCACCCCGAAUUGGCCGCCAAGGUUACCUGGGACGAUGUCUUUGUUGACGAAUUGAAGCGUACCCUCAAGGCCUGUAUUGUAUUCUGCUGGUUCCCUAUUUACUGGCUGUGCUACUCUCAAAUGACCAAUAACUUGGUGUCCCAAGCCAGUACCAUGUUGACCGGAAACGUUCCCAACGAUAUUAUGCAGAACAUUGAUCCUAUUGCUCUCAUUAUCUUGAUUCCUCUCAUGGACACUUUUAUUUACCCCUUCCUCCGUCGUGUUGGUAUCCCUAUGCGUCCCAUUAUGCGUAUCACCUGCGGUUUCUUCUUUGCUGCCGUUGCCAUGGGCUAUACUGCUGGUAUCCAGUCUAAGAUUUACAAGACUGCCCCUUACUAUGACCACCCCGAAGGUCAGAACUGGAUUUCUGCUGCCUACCAGAUUCCUUCUUAUGUAUUGGUUGCUAUCUCUGAAAUCUUUGCUGCCAUCACUGGUCUUGAAUAUGCUUACAAGAAGGCUCCUCAGUCGAUGAAGUCCAUUGUUAUGGCUCUCUUCUUGCUCACCAACUGUUUUGCCUCUAUCCUCGCCUUCGCUCUUGUAUCUGUUGCCGUUGAUCCCAAGCUCACCUGGAUGUACACCGGUAUCAGUGGCGCUUGCGCUGUUGCCACCAUUCUCUUCUACAUCUGCCAUCGUAAGAACGAUGACGAUGAUGUUGAACAGGAUGCAAUCGGCCGUAGUGAUGAAGAGCUCAACGGAAACCUUUCUCCCAAGACUGUGGCCCCAGUUGAAUAUGAAGCCGAGAAGGCUGGUGUAUAAAAAAAAAUACCUACUUUCACUUCUACAUUUAUUUUUACCUUUAUUUUUUUAUUUAAUAUUUAUUACGUAUUCAUUCCAUGAUUUUUAUUGUUGUUAUUAUUAUUAUUUUACAUUUUACUUGUUAACAAUUGGCAUUUGAUGUAUUUUUCAAUUACUUUUUGUCUUUUCCAUAUAAUUCUUGUUCAUACCUUUCUAGACAUCUUCCCCUCUUUUUCUUUAUUUAAAAUAUUCCUAUCUGUGAUGGGAAAGGUAUCUUUCUAUAUAUUUAGUUAAUUAUCAUUGAAUAUACAGAGAGAUAAAGUCCAAUUUUGUCCACCAAU